UUACAGCCUGAAUAUGAGCUUAAAGAGAAAGAAAGUGCGGGGACUGAUGGCGACGGUGCCACCCUCCUUGGAGGGGGUGGGAGUUGGACACAGACUCCGCCACCACGGCAAACACCACCAAGGAGAGUUGUGGCGUGUCACCACCAUCAGUGACGUCAUCAACUCCACCAACAUCCCCACUGUCGACCGGCCAUCUGUUUGCUACUCCACCAAUGAGGUGCUGAUAAUAAUUGGACUGACUUGUGUCCUGAACUUGGCAUUUAUUGUUGUUGUGAUGACCUGCGUCCAUUUCUGUAGCAGUCCUACAGUCACAGAUAUAUCCAGGUCGGUAAUUCAUAAAAUUCAUAACAAUGUUUGUACAUGAUUAGAGCUGUCUAAAUUGCGGUGCAAGGAAAAUCUGGUUACAACCGCCUCCCGUAACAUUAAUUAUGUAACACUUUUCCAUCAUAGUAAAAUGUUUUAAGCAGCACACUUCACAGGCAUGAAAAAGGGUUUAAAGCUAU